AUUAGUGUUCAACCACCAAAACCCAGAUGAACACCUGAUUAUCUUUAACUGACAAUCCAUGUUCUCCAUAAUUGUUCUGUGUCCUGUCUCGCGUCCACUUUUUGCUCUCUCACUCUCUUCCCCACCUCUCUUAGUCAUCCCAGGAUGUGUCAGAAUUUCUAUAGUUUUUCAAGGUCAUGCCCAGUGGAGCGGAGAAUGGCAAUCACUGGAGAGAAAGAACAAGUGGUGCCAAACCACAGCUUUUUCCUUUACACCCCCCCUCAAACAGCCCAACUAACCUGCCCCCACCCCAGAGACACACCUCAGGUAGGGGGUAAACCACUCCCCACACCCGUCCCCAUGAACGAAAGGGGGUAUAAAUGAAGGUGCAAAAAAGAGGAGAGAGCAACUCAGAGGGCAAUCGAACAACCGAGAUGGAUCCCAUGGCGAGACAUGACACAUUGAUGUUCUUCAUGGCCUGUUUGGUGUGGACGACAUGUUCAGCAGCACCAAUGCAGUGUCACUUCAACUCUCAAGCUCUGUGUGAAUAUGAUGGAAAGCAGUACUCUAUGGGAGAAAGCUGGAUGGAGCAGGGCUGUGUGCAGUGCACCUGCCUGCACCCUGUGGGAGUGGGAUGCUGCGAAACUGUGCAUCGGCCUGUGGACUUUCCUCCCUAUUGUGAAGUUCAGGUUGAAUCUCUGACCUGCCAGGUCAUGCUGGUUAUGACCUCUGAUCCUCGUCUGCCCUGCAUUCCUGGAGAAGACAACAAUGUUGACCCAAGACAUGGAGCACUCAACAUGAAACUAGAAGGUUAGCAUGGAGAAAGCCUUCAAAUCACAAAUCCCCUGCCUGUCAGCUAACAUCUGUCUCACUGUUAAGUGAGAUGGGAUAUUACUCCUAUAGCAACUGUAUUCUCAAAACAUAACUAUUACCAUUUAAGGAAGCGGUUUGACAUGUACAGCAUGUAGGGGAGGAAAGCGAGUCCUGUGUUG